CUUGCCAGGAAAUGGGGCGUGCCCGCCAAGCACGGGGACGUGCCCGAUGCCUACGUGAAGGCGGACAAGGAAGAAGAAUUGCGGAUUUACAUCCGUGUGCCGCAAGUAAUUAAGAUCCCCGAGGAGAUCUUGAAGGAACGCGUCGUGGAGACUGACGCUGAGGUAGUGCUAGAGCUCAAGAAGGCGCUGUACGGGCUGAAACAAGCCGGUCGACUCAGGAGCAAGCUGCUGCUCUUGAAGCUCGUGGAGAUUGGCUUCCACCAGAGCCUCGUAGAC